AUGCCACCGCGUCCCCAGCCGAAGCCUUCUGGCAACAAGAAGGCCUCUGUGCUCAGCAGGUCGCCGGUCCCCCCUGUGUUUGGCGGAAACGCCGAGAUUGAAGUUGUGGGUUCCCGCGUUGUUCGCCUCCUCCGUGAUGCCCGGGCGUCGGUGCGGGCGCAGCAGCGACCGGACACCCCGUUGAUUAACCCGUCUCGACCGCCGCUGAGGCCCGGCGGCCGCCUCACCGCGAUGGUGUCAUCCGCGCCUUCGGCUUCGUCACAGUUGGCGACGAGUGGUCAGCAGUUUGAUCGUGUGAAGUUUGAGUCAUCCUUGGAUGCGGCCAGAGGCAACCCGCAGCUGCAGUUGGAAAAGCUGGCAGAGCUGAAGCUCUGGCUGGCUAACCCCCACCACCACUUGUGGGGAACGACGCUGGCGAGAUUGCAGGGCUUAGUGACGUCACCCAACACGGAGGCACAAGUUGUGGUGAGUGCGGCGUCCGUGCUGCUGAUGCGCCAGAGCGAGCUGCGUAACAUGCCGUAUCUUCCUCUCGUUAUUCGGCGUCUACAUGAGUUAUGUGAAGGUGGCAUCGAGCGAGAGCUAUUGGAGGCGGUGCUGAUGCGCGAGUCUCUCAUGCAGCUAUUGCUUCAUUUAAUGAAGUCCGAGGAGCUGUUGACCACCCACACGAGUGUAUUGUGGGACGUGCUAGAAAUCAUCCGCAGCUCUAGCGCCAAGAGUGACGUGCUUUUGAGCCAGCUGGUGUCACUAGGCGUGAUUCCUGCGGCAAAUGCGGUGGUGAAACGCAUCUUGUCCUCCGUGUCUGAUUCACCCUCCAAGGCACGUUCUCCAGCUAGUAACUCACUCUGCGUGCUCCUUCCUCCGCUGUGCUUGCUGUAUCGCAAUCUCAGCACGCAGCAUUCCCAACUUUUGCGCAAGUUGGGUUCUCUCGAUCUACUUGUAGACAUCUUGGAUCGAUUUCGCGAGGAUGGAGACGUCGUCCAGGCGGCUGCUCGGGCCAUGGCAAAAACAGUUUUUGAUGCUUGUUCACUGGAACGCUACCAAAAAGGGACUCGAGUCUGUCGUGUUGUGGUUGCUGCUCUUGACGCAAACUUAGACGUGGGCGGGUUGGCUGUCAGCCGACUCUGCGGCACCUUGGCGCGGCUGGUGGAGGGGAGUCGGGAGCUGCGGGAUUGGCUUAUGCGGCAUCAUCAUCGGAUGCUUGUGCGUUUGGUGCAGACGUACGUCACCCCAGAGCAGUCUGCCGCCGCGGCAAAUGCGGAGCCCCCGUGCGAUGUAGAGGAGGCUCAACAGGAGGAUUUGCUGCAAAACAUCACGUGGCUUGUGGGGGUGGCUGCUAUCAGCGCCGAGUGUUCAACGUCCUUUGUGCUUGAAAUCACUCCACUCCUCGUGGAGUUUGUCAAGGACCUGGAUGUGCAAAAGUGGCAUCUAACCUUCAUUUAUACGCUUAUGUGCCUGAGCAAUCUCUCUUUCUUUUUUGACGCGCUGGAGAAGACGGAGGGCGGCAAAGAGGCGCUUGUGGAAAUUUACGCGACCGUAGGCCUCGUCCUUGCCGGGGUCCUCUUUGACGGUGACACGGAGGCGACGGUCGAGGCAACGCGUAUACUAGGGAACAUGAGCCUCACCAACAUGGGACGGGAUUGGAUGGAGUCAAACCGCUGCGAUGAGGUGUGUAUCGUGUUUCUCGGGCACGAGGACCCGCGGAUCGUCUACAACUGCUUUGGAGUUCUCCUCAACUUGACGGCAGCCGACGCCUGCCGCGUGGCCUCCGACCCAGAGCUGAUGCAGAUGCUGUUGCAGCACACAGGGAGGUACACACGCGAGGAGUGUAUCGCGGCUGAAAAGGUCAAGGAGAGCCACCGUUUCACGGCUGCGCUCGGCGGCGAUGGCGAUGGCGAUGAGGAUCGCGGGCUCAGCUACACCGAUCAGAUUGCCGACAUUGUAGAGAAGCUUCUUCUAAACCUUAGCGGCCUCCUCUAG